AUGGUACCGAAAUGGUACAGUUUCAUUUUGGAACCUACCAAAGCUCUCCGAUAUGGUUUGAUGGUAUGGUUUGAUAUCAAACACUGCAAACGCCAACCCCGUACCAUACCGUAUUGUUUGCAAGUUUCGUUAUCGGGAAGUGAUCAAUACCGUACCGGACCAGGGGCAAGCCUAGUUGACCCAAUAGGCCAAAAAAAAAUGCAUUGUGGGAUGCACACUCAAUCACUGUAUGACCGUGAAUUAUUGAUGCAUGCAUUGGCGGAUCCAUUAAAGGUCCAGUGA